AUGCUUGACACCUACUUGAGGCUGGACAGGGAUAUUUGGCUGGCUGAGAAAGUCGCCCCUGCGCCGUCAUUAGGUCAUUACUUAGCACGACUUGAGAAGUUGAAUGCAGAAAUAGAAUCUCUCUCUGAGAGCCAUGAUGUGCAGAGCCCGCACUUGUCACUGGUGCCUGGACUUCCACAGACAAAUGACAAGAGGGAAUUGGAAUCAGAAGAAGCUAUUCAGCGAGCUGUGGUUGAACUCCAAAUAAACAACAAUCCCAAAAAUGCCGCAGAACACGAAGAAUUUAUUGCUAACCUAACUAGACAGGCUCUGAAACAGUGGAAACUUCGCUGGCUGACGCGGCGGAAACAAGACACUGAGGAAGAGGUGGCGAAACUGAGCGCUGCCGUCCAACAGCUGCAGUCUCUCUACCAGCAACUGGACCUUCUCCUCGGCGAGGUGGGAGGGAUGGAGACGACCCAUUCUGAGCUCGAGCUGCAGCUGGACAGGGCUCGCAGUUACCGGGACACCCUGUACGGCGGAGAGUUGGCGUGGCGAGAGGCUGCCAGACUCGCUCAGGCCGCUGCCACGCUGGCCAGGGCAGGGCGAGAUAGUUGGCACUCACUGGACAACACCACGAAUUUAGUGACAAGAUUUAGAGUAGCAACAGACUGUAGGACCACCGUCCAAGAGGCUGCACUCUGUAUCCAUACAGCCCAAGUCUCGCUUCCUGCAGCCAUGUUCCCCUUCUGUACGCUAAGAGAGAUAUCAGCACUAUUACAGAUGGUAGACUACAUCUAUACUGAUCUCCAAAUUCCCGAGAGGUACAUGCAUGCUUUGGAUGUUUACACCAGCUUCCACAAACGGGCUUCUCUCUUAUCUAACUGGAUUAGACAAAUGAUGGAGGACACGAUCAAAAAAGAUGUUCAAGAUGUGGAUCAUAGAAUAAUGGAGUUGACUGAAAAACUUUCAAACGAACGUGCCAACAUUAUUCGCCAACAAGUAAUACGUACUUUCUUAAUUAGUACAGGCUGAUCAUCCUUACUCCUUU